AUGAAGCCGACCCUGGCACUGCUGUUGCUGGUGGCAGUGGCCUUGAGCAGCGCUGGAGGUCAGCCGGGCGGUCUACCACCUGGGAAGAAACUAUGCAUGGCCUACGCCACCGGGCCAUUGCUCAAGUUCCAGAUCUCUGUUUCCUGAGGAUACAGGCGGGUGUUUGAAGAGUACAUGCGGGUUAUUAGCCAGCGGUACCCAGACAUCCGCAUUGAAGGGGAAAACUAUCUUCCCCAACCUAUAUAUAGACAUAUAGCAUCUUUCUUGUCAGUCUUCAAACUAGUGCUAAUAGGCUUCAUUAUUGUUGGCAAGGAUCCUUUUGCUUUAUUUGGCAUGCAAACUCCAAGUGUCUGGCAGUGGGGACAAGAAAAUACGGUAUAUGCUUGUAUGAUGGUUUUCUUCCUGAGCAACAUGAUUGAGAACCAGUGUAUGUCAACAGGUACAUUUGAAAUAACAUUAAAUGAUGUCCCCAUGUGGUCUAAGCUGGAGUCUGGGCAUCUUCUUUCCAUGCAGCAACUUGUUCAAAUCCUUGAUAAUGAAAUGAAACUCAAUGUGCAUAUGGAGCAAAUGCCACAUCAUAGAUCAUAGCCCCAUUCAUCAGUACUGAAAACUUCUUACAUUAAGUUAUACUUUCGAAAGGCAACAUGAAUGAAAUAAAUGAAGGUCUGUACUGAAGACAGAAAGCUGGUGGUACAGACUGGAUGAUCUACUUGUCUUCAUGUUGUACCUUCUGAAAAUCUUAAUGCAAGAUCCCUUUCAGUGCUGGUAUGUGUCCAAGAACUGCACAUUCAAG